AGUUACUUGCCUUACUGAGCAAAUGUGUUAGCUUCUGAAAAUAGGAAAUAUUUGUUUCAAAUUUAUCUGUUUGUUCUUUUUUUUAUAUAUAUACACACGUUAAAUUUGUUGUAAAACUAAAUCAAAAUUUUCGUGAAUUAUUUUCUUAUUUUUGGAUAUUGAAAUUUUGUGAAAAUGCCUUUUCUUCGAGAAAUCCGUGUGUUGAAAUCGGCUAAACGUCUGCUCAGAGCUCAGCAGCUUUAUCGCACAUUUUCCACCAGGUGCGAUGAUCCAAAGGGCGUCGUCGUUGGCGUCUACCAGAAGGAUGGCGACAAGCCGAUCAAAUCAUCGGAAGGUGGCCAAUUGCUGGACGAUGAUCUUGGCGGCAGCCUAAUGAGUCUGAUCCGUGAUCGUGGCAUGGACGGACGACCCGGCAAGGGACUGCUGUUCAACGGUCUCGAUGGUGAAUACUCGACGGUGGCCGUUGUUGGCAUGGGUCCAGCGGACGCCGGCUACAACGAGCUCGAGGAGCUCGACGAGGGCAUGGAGAAUAUACGUAUCGCAGCCGGAACCGGAGCACGUGCGUUACAGGUGCAGGGCAUGGUCGAAGUGCAUGUCGAUGGCAUGGACUAUCCAGAGCAGGCGGCCGAAGGUGCCGCAUUGGCCCUGUGGCGCUACAAUAUAAACAAGCUAAAGAAGAACCGGCUGGUCACACCUAAGCUGCAGAUGUAUGGCAAGGGCGACAACGAUGCCUGGGUGCGUGGCUUGUUCAAGGCGGAAUCACAGAAUCUGGCACGUCGCCUAUCCGAUACUCCGGCCAAUCAGAUGACGCCCUCGAUAUUUGCACAGGCCACAGUCGAUGCACUGUGUCCCUGCGGCGUCUCGGUGGAAGUGCGCUCCAUGGACUGGAUCGAGGAUAUGAGUCUCAACUCAUUCCUGAUGAUAGCCAAGGGCUCCUGUGAGCCACCCCUAUUGCUGGAGUGCACCUAUUGCGGCACAUCACCGGAGGAUAAGUCUGUGCUGCUCCUGGGCCAAGGAUUGACCUUCCACAGCGGUGGUCUCUGCCUAAAGCCAAAGGCGGGCAUGCACAAGUAUCGCGGCGCCAUGUCCGGUGCCGCACUCUGUGUGGGCGUACUCCGUGCCGCAGCUGCCCUAUCCCUGCCCAUGAACAUAACGGCUGUGCUGCCGCUCUGCGAGCACAUGCCAUCCGGCAUGGCUGUAAAGUGUGGAGAUGUGGUGACGCUGCUCAAUGGCGUUACGUUGGGCAUUAAGGAUGUGGGCAAGGCACCGGUGGUUAUGAUGGCCGAUCCGCUGCUCUAUGCGCAGGCGAACUUCAAGCCCAAAAUGGUCGUCAGCAUUGGCAGUGUGGCCAAGGGUGUCAGCUAUGGACUUGGCGGCAGUGCGACGGGUCUGUGGAGCAACUCCACGUAUUUGGCCAAGCAAUUCCGCAAGGCGGGCAGCAUUACCGGUGAUCGGAUCUGGCGCAUGCCACUGUUCCGCUACUUCAAACAGAUCGUCAAGAAGAAUACCACAUAUGACAUGUCCAACUCUGGACGCGGACCGGCCUCAUCCUGCCUGGCUGCAGCCAUUCUGCACACGCUAGUGCCCUGCCUGGAUUGGGUGCAUCUCGACAUUCGUGGCACUGGAAUGCUUACGCGUGUCAAUCCAUUACCCUAUCUGUUGCGCGAAUCCAUGACGGGUCGUCCCACACGCACAGUCAUCCAGACCCUGUUCCAGUUGGCCUGUUCACAGUCUUAAAAAGAGUUUGUCCAUGCUGAACGCGUGACGAGUAUGUGUUUGCUUGUUUGGCUCCACGAGUAUUAUAUUUGUAUGAAUCACAACACUGUCAAAAAUCCGUAAAAGUAUAAAAAAUAAAAUGCGAUCUGU